GGAUCCGGGGAGGCGUCGGUGUAAAGGAACGGAUCCGCGUACACGUGGGUGGGCGGUGACCUGGAGUGUGGUUACAGCUCACCGUUCUUUGGUCACUUGGGCUUUUAGUUUCUGUUGGAUUCCUACCUGCCCUGGGCUUAGCAGAAGGAGUCUUAUUAGUAGAAACUACGGUUGUGCGACGUUUAACCCCUUGAUGGUAGCCAUGGAGAUACUGGCGUUAAUAGGAAGCCGGGAGUUGGAUCUGAACCAAUGAUGCUAGGUUCACCCACAUCUCCAAAACCAGGGGUUAAUGCCCAGUUCUUACCUGGAUUUUUAAUGGGAGAUUUGCCAGCUCCAGUGACUCCACAACCUCGAUCUGUCAGUGGCCUUUCAGUGGGAGUAAUGGAAAUGAGAUCACCUUUACUUGCAGGUGGAUCACCACCACAACCAGUUGUGCCAGCUCAUAAAGAUAAAAGUGGAGCCCCACCAGUUAGAAGUAUGUAUGAUGAUAUUUCCAGUCCAGGACUUGGAUCAGCACCUUUAACUUCAAGAAGACAGCCAAACAUUUCAGUAAUGCAGAGUCCUCUUGUUGGAGUUAUGACGACUACUCCUACUCCUGGAACAGGGCAAAGUAUGUUUAGUCCAGCAAACAUUGGUCAGCCACGAAAGACAACAUUAUCUCCUGCACAGUUGGAUCCUUUUUAUACUCAAGGAGAUUCUCUGACUUCUGAAGAUCACCUCGAUGACACUUGGGUAACUGUGUUCGGGUUUCCUCAAGCAUCUGCUUCCUAUAUAUUAUUACAAUUUGCACAGUACGGGAAUAUCUUAAAACAUGUGAUGUCUAACACAGGAAAUUGGAUGCAUAUUCGUUAUCAAUCUAAACUGCAGGCUCGGAAAGCCUUAAGCAAAGAUGGGAGGAUUUUUGGAGAGUCCAUCAUGAUUGGUGUAAAACCAUGUAUAGAUAAAAGUGUUAUGGAAAACCAUGACAGGUGUGCUUUGUCAUCUCCACCUCUAGCCUUUACACCACCAAUCAAAACUGUAGGCACACCAACCCAGCCUGGAAGUGCUCCUAGGAUUUCUACCAUGAGACCUCUUGCUACAGCAUACAAAGCUUCUACUAGUGACUAUCAGGUUAUUUCUGACAGACAGACGCCAAAAAAAGAUGAAAGCCUUGUAUCCAAAGCAAUGGAGUACAUGUUCGGCUGGUAGUAUAGUAAGAGCUAAGAAUCACCUACCACGGAGGAGGCUGCUACACUAAAACAGAGUUAGCCCAGUACUGCCAGCUUGCCUUUGGUUAGUUAUAUAACCACUCUUGGCAGUGCUGAAUCGCUCUCUCUCACUUUCUUAGAAGCCUUUUUUCUUUAAGGAUACAGCAUAUUUGUAGCUUGCACUUUAAAAGAUGAUUGAGAUAUGUUUUAAAGAAAACAAAAAAUCCCUGUAAAUAGGAUUUUGUGCUUUCUGUGUUAGUGCAUGCUUUAAGCACAAAAAACUCAGCAUUGAUUACUGUAAAUUGUAUAAUUGAAUUUGUGGUGAGGUUUUGUAGUCUUCAUGAGUUGGUGGGGUGAAUUUCAUGAAGGGUAAACUAUACAACUCCUAACAAUACACAAAGAUUAUAAUCAACCAAUUUGAAUUAUGGUUUUUUAAUUUAGAUAGUAUUUAAUAUUUUAAUUAUCCUUGUUUAUAUAUGUCCUGUCAUGGAUUGUCAUCUUUCAGUAUUCUAAAGUCAAAAGUCUUUUUAAAAACCUACUAAAGUUUCGUGAUAAUAAACUUUGUCAAUUCUAUAUAUUAAA